AUGGGCGGUAACAUGAGCGUGUUCCUCGCCUCCUGCUAUCCUCCCAACGCUGCGCACUACAUCGCCGAGGUCUACCCCAGCUCCCCCAAGUGGUCCGCAGACCAGAUCGGCGACCUCACAGGCAAGGUCGUCCUCGUCACCGGCGCCAAUUCCGGCAUCGGCUACGCCUCCGCCUUCCAGCUCGCAAAACAUGGCGCAAAAGUCUACGCCGCUGCGCGCUCGAAAGAAAAGGGCUCCACCGCCGUCGACAAGAUGAACGCCGACCUCGCGCAGGCCGCUGGCCCCCUCAAGCCCGGCCAGGUCGUCUUCCUGCAGCUCGACCUCGUCGAUCUGCACAACGUCAAGCGCGCCGCGGACGAGUUCCUCAGCAAGGAAGACAGCCUCCACGUCCUCCUCAACUCCGCCGGCAUCAUGACCCCGCCCAAGGGCAGCCAGACCGAGUCCGGCAUCGAGCUCCAGUUCGCCACUAAUGUUCUCGGACACUACGCGCUCACGCGCUACCUCCUCCCCGUCCUCCUCCGCACCGCCGCCGCCGCCCCGGACGGCACCGUCCGCGUCGUCAACGUCGCGUCCCUCGCGACCGCGAUGGCCCCCGCCGGAGGGAUCCACUUUGACAACCUCGCGGGCGCGAUGAACUGGGGCUUUGGCGUGUACGGCCAGUCCAAGAUGGGCAACGUCGUCUUUGCGAACGAGCUCGCGAGGCGGUACACCGACGCCGGCAUCAUCUCGGUCUCGCUCAACCCGGGCAACCUCCAGACGGACCUCUGGCGGCACCAGCGCUCCUUCUUCGACCUCAAGACGGUGAUCCACAAGUACCCGAUCGAGUACGGGAUGCUGACGCAGCUGUACGCGGCGACCGCGCCGGAGGUGACGCGCGCGGACUCGGGGGCGUAUUUCGUGCCGUGGGCGCGGCGCGGCCCGGUUUUGCGCAAGGAGGCGCACGAUCCGGUGCUGGGGGCGCGGCUGUGGGAGUGGUGCGAGGGGGAGAUGCGCAGGGCGGGGGUGGAGGUGCCUGAUGUGGGGCUGUGA